UGACUUACAUCGGUGACGUUGUACGUGGCUCAGUGAUUCAGGAAUAAAUACAAUGAUACAUUAUACCUUUUUCACAUAUAUAUGGUUAAUGCCUGUCAAUGAAAAUCCAAAUGAAUGACAUAUUGUCAUACAGAGGUGUAUUUUAUGAGAUAGUUGUGUUGUAAUACUUGUUUAGACUUUAGAGCAGCUGUAAAAGGGGCGUUUGUUGCUCGUCCAGCAGCCCCUCAGCGAGUCCGGCUGUCAUGGCGCAGAGCGUCUCUUCGGGUGAAUUCUCCAGCUCUCUGACGAGCUCUGUGCUUCUCCCCCCGCCAAGGACUCGCAUCUUUAAAAUAAUCGUUAUUGGAGACUCGGGGGUCGGGAAAACCUGCCUAACGUACCGCUUCUGCGCCGGAAAGUUCCCAGAGAAGACCGAAGCCACCAUUGGGGUGGACUUCAGGGAGAGGCUAGUCGAGAUCGACGGCGAGAAAAUCAAGAUACAGUUGUGGGACACAGCAGGCCAGGAACGUUUCAGGAAAUCCAUGGUCCAGCACUAUUACCGCAACGUCCACGCCGUCGUCUUCGUCUACGAUAUCACCAACGCCGCCAGCUUUCGCAGCCUACCCGCAUGGAUCGAGGAAUGUAAGCAGCACGCUUUGGGAACCGAGGUGCCCAGGAUCUUGGUCGGAAACAAGUGCGAUCUCCAAGACUUUGUUCAAGUGGGAACAGAUGUGGCACAGCAGUUUGCGGACUCUCACUCCAUGCCUUUGUUUGAGACGUCUGCUAAGAAUCCGAACAGUCAGGGGGGAGUGAGCUCUGACGACAGCGACCACGUGGAGGCCAUUUUUAUGACAGUGGCUCACAAGCUGAAGUCCCAGAAACCUCUGAUAUUGAGCCAGCCUCCUGUGGGAUCAGGAGGCAGCAUCAAUUUGAGCAAUAGGAGGGAUGAUGGAGCUGACGGGCCACGGGGAUGGACCUGCAGCAGCUGCUGAUGUUACAGAAGGACACGACUAAAGAAGACGAUCAUGAGGACAUGAAAACUUCAGAGCCAUAAAAGCAUGCGUGUGCUUGCAUUCAUUAUGGCAACUGGUAAAAUGGCGGCUUGGUUUUUCUGUUGGAAUGAGAUGCAACAAGGUGAUCAUAAAUCAAUUUAAACUGUGGAUUUGUGAUGAGCUUUCAUACGAGUCACUGCUUUGUAGAUGUGCGAUUCAUGCACAAGCUGUUCAAACCUUGCGGGACUCACGGGUACUCUCCUGUGUUAACUUGUUUACUUACCUCUGCUACUGUUAGCUAAAUUAAAAAAAGGAAAUGACAAAAGGGAACGACAUUAAUUGCGCAAUUUUAGUUGUAUAAAUGUAUUAACCCUAUGGAAAAAAAGCAACACAACAAAACCUUGCCUCAAAUCAACUCUCGACUUUCUACUCGAGCAUCACAGACUCCACAAAACCAACCAUUUACUCGUUCAUCGGUUACUGGACGAAGAGUCUGGGUUCACCGACUCACAGGCGCUCAACAGACUUGAGGUUCAUUGGCGAAUUCUUGAAAUUCACUGACUCACAGAAGACUCGUGACUUCUUGACAGAUUCAUUUUACUGAAUUGUCUCAUGUAUUACAGAAUCAUGGGUACUGGACAAAGACUCGAGGUUCACUGACUCACUGAAGACUUAUUGACUCAUGACUUCUUGACAUUUUACUGAAUCAUGGGUGCUGGACAAAGACUCGAGGGUCAUUGACUCACAGAAGACUUAUUGACUCAUGACUUCUUGACAGAUCCAUUUUACUGAAUCAUGGGUGCUGGACAAAGACUUGAGGUUCACUGACUCAGGGUUGCGUGAUGAAGAUUUGAGGUUCACUGACUUGAGUUGAUGAAGAUGUUGAAUUUUAUUGACUUCUGAGUCCUCAAAUCAACUCUCGACUUUCUAGUCUAGCAUCAAGGACUCCACAAAGCCAACCAUGUACUCGUUCAUCGGUUACUGGACGAAGAGUCUGUUUUUCACCGACUCACAGGCGCUCAACAGACUUGAGGCUCAUUGUCGAAUUAUCCAGGUUCACUGACUCACGGAAGACUUAUUGACUUGUGACUUCUUGACAGAUUCAUUUUACUGAAUCAUGGGUGCUGGACAAAGACUCGAGGUUCACUGACUCAGGGUUGCGUGAUGAAGAUUUGAGGUUCACUGACUUGAGUUGAUGAAGACUUGAAUUUCAUUGACUUCUGAGUGCUGGAGAGACUAAUUUCACCGAUUCAUCUUGAGUUUUAGUGACUUGGGUGCUUGACGAAGUCCCGAGUUUGUUAUUUACAGGUGCUUGUAGAAGACUCGAAUUUUACACACUCACAGAUACUUACUGAAGAUUUGAGUAUCAAAGGCUCGUUUUUUACUCAAAUUUUAUUGACUUCUGAGUCCUCAAAUCAACUCUCGACUUUUUACUCUGGCAUCACAGACUCCACAAAACCAACCAUGUACUCGUUCAUCGGUGACUGGACGAAGAGUCUGGGUUCACCGACUCACAUUGUCGAAUUCUUGAAAUUCACUGACUCACAGAAGACUUAUUGACUCAUGACUUCUUGACAGAUCCAUUUUACUGAAUUGUCUCAUGUAUUACAGAAUCAUGGGUACUGGACAAAGACCCGAGGUUCACUGACUCACGGAAGACUUAUUGACUCAUGAUUUCUUGACAGAUCCAUUUCACUGAAUUGUCUCAUGUUUUAGAGAAUCAUGGGUGCUGGACAAAGACUCGAGGUUCACUGACUCACGGAAGACUUAUUGACUCAUGAUUUCUUGACAGAUCCAUUUUACUGAAUCAUGGGUACUGGACAAAGACUCGAGGGUCACUGACUCACGGAAGACUUAUUGACUCAUGAUUUCUUGACAGAUCCAUUUUACUGAAUCAUGGGUGCUGGACAAAGACUCGAGGUUCAUUGACUCACGGAAGACUUAUUGACUCAUGAUUUCUUGACAGAUCCAUUUCAGUGAAUUGUCUCAUGUUUUACAGACUCAUGAGUACUGGAGAAAGACUCGAGGUUCACUGACUUGUGGGUGAGAUUUGUCGGUUCUCGAUGAGACUCUUAAGUUCAUUGACUCACAUUGACAAAGCCUCAAGUUUUACCGACUCAGGGUUGCGUGAUGAAGAUUUGAGGUUCAAUGACUUGAGUUGAUGACGACUUGAAUUUCACCGAUUCAUCUUGCGUUUUAGUGACUUGGGUGCUUGGCGAAGUCCCGAAUUUGUGAUUUACAGGUGCUUGUAGAAGACUCGAAUUUUACAGACUCACAGAUACUUAAUGAAGAUUUAAGUAUCAUUGAUUCACAGGUACUUGAAAGCCUCGUUUCACUGACUCGUGUGUGUGUGUGCUUGAGGUUCACUGAUUCGUCGGGUGACAAAGACUUAUGUUUCACUGCUGAACAUGGAUGCUAUCUGGUGUGGCUGUGUGAAAUCUGCUUCUCAACCCUCAUUUAGCAGGUUCGAACCCGGGCAUGAUGCAGGGCCAACAGGACUGCCUGUGUCACAGUUAUUAAAAUAGUGGUGGGAAGUCGGGAAUUUCCAUGUUUUUGUGUCCAUAUUUUUCCAUGCAAAUGUUGGUAAACACAUGGCGUCUGUUACUGUCAUAAAAAUUAAGUUUUUGUAAACCUUAUGCAGUAGUUUAGUCAUGUAAUAUUGCAAUAAACGUCUUUACAUAAAACCAU